CCGUUUUUACCGACGACGUCAGCAGCCCAAGCUAGAAGUCCCGCCAUGUAUCUUCUUCUUCUUCUUCGUCUUCGUCUCUUUGAUCUGACAUAGACACGGACCGGACUCUCAGAGCUAAACCGAAGCGGUUGGUGACUAAACCGGUCUGGUUCGAUCGAACUCUCGGUUUCCCUAUCACUCUUUUCGAAGGCUUUGCGUAUUUAGUUAUUUACACGAAACUCAUGUUUCCGCUUUCCACUGGGCCUUUUUUAACACAUUGGGCUUAUAAUUACGACGUCCAUAUCAAACUAAUUGCUCUGGAGAAAACACUUGGAACAGUUAUAAUUAGGAGCGGACACUUCGGUUAUUUUAUCGGUUCGGUCUGGUUAAUACGGUUCUAUAAUUUUUUCCAACCAAAGUAAACUAUAAUAAAUUUGGUUUAGAACGGUUUCUGUUGGGUUGUAUUCGGUUUGGUUUGUUUUUCGAUUCGGUUCAAUCGUAUUCCCUUAAUUUAGUUCUUUAAGAAAAAAAUCAUGAUUUAAAACGUAAACGCAUGGUCAUAAAGUCAUUGUGCUGGUGACUAUGAAAAACAAUUAUGUUGACUAAAUUCAAUAUAAAACCAAAAAAAGCUUUCAAAGAACAAUACAUUUAUAAGAACACAACCAAAUCAAAUUUAACUACAGUAGAUAGUUUUUUCUCUAAAACAUCGUUAGUAAUGCCUUUUAAAAAUAAAUUAUUUAAAUUUAAUUUAAAACAAAAUUGAAACAAAAACCUUAACAAACCACAAAAAGUUUAUAAAAACACAUUCAAACCAAAGUUACUAAAGUAAAUAGAUUUUUUUCAAAAAAAACAACAACAUUGUUAAUAAAGUUAACAAUGACUUUAGUCUUUAGUCUUAGGAUUUUAGUAUAUUGUAUAUUACUAGUAUGCUUAAUUUAAUUAAUAACAGAAACGCAUUGGUUAUCGGUUCGGUUUAACUCGGUUUGGUUUCGGUUCAGUUGGUUCGGAUUGGGAAAAUCUUAAACCAAACUAUUUGAUAAUAUACUUUCGGUUCAGUUUGGAUCGGUUUUGGUCGGUUCACUUUGGUUUUUUUGCCCAUCAUAGUUGAUAUGUUUUUGUAUUGUAGAUAAAAAAUAUAUAUAUUAUUAUGCAGUUAAGUUUGAGUCAAUUUUACUAGUUUUGUGUUUUGCUACUUUAAGAAACUUUCUUAGAAGAACUAUGGGUGUGACUGGAUUUGUAUUUUAAUGGCCUACUAGAUAUUGACCCGCCCUCUAUAUGUUUUGUUUUAAAAAUAUUUGUCUAAUAUAAUUUAUUUAUUUGUGUGUUUGUAUAAUUAUAUUUUUGUAUGAUAUGAAUUUAAUAGAAUAGAUUAUUUUUGUAAGUAUAUUAAAUAAAUCAACUUUCAUAUGUACUUGUUUCUUUCCUUGUAUCAUAUAUGUAUUUUUUUUUGUAAUCAUAUUUAUGUUUUAUCUGUGAUCAUAUUAUAGAGUAAGAAUUUGGGUUCAAUUCCGACUAUUCAGAUAUUGGUCUUUAGAUGAGAGAUUAAAACCUAUUUGGAUAUUUAUAAAUUUUAGUUUGGAUUCAGUUUGGAUAAUUACGGGUUCAGUUUAAAUACAGAUACUCAUUAAAAUUAUGUAAAAAUAUUGAAAUACAAAUAUACCCGCCCUUAAAAUUAUGUAAAAAUAUUUUUGUUCUAUCAUUUUUCAAAAAUUUAAAUUUUAUAAUAACAUUUUUUUAAUGAUAUUAUAUUUAAAAUUAAUUUAAUUUAAUAUAUUUUUUGGUAGUUAAAUUAAUGUUAAACAUAAUAUGAUUACAAAAAAAAACACAAAUUUAAAAAUUAAAUUAAAAAAAAUUAAACACAUAAUAUGACCACCUAGACAUUUAUCUUAUCUCUAGGUGACAGUUUUAGGUUCGUGAGCCUUGAAGAAGUUAGAGGUUUUGAUUAGAAGCAAGAACAGGAAGUCUUAAUUAGGCUCUUGGUCUCCCCUAUUGAGAUAGUGGAAGGAUUGAUUAUGGUUUUAGGAGGAUUUACACAUUGUAACUAACUCUAGAGGAUGCUUUGAAGGAAAAUUAUAAGUUCAUUAAAAUUCUUAUGAUUUCUUAGUAGUUUCAAAAGGAUCUGAUUAUUUUUUUUAAUUGAAAUUAUAACUUGGCAUGGGACAGAGAAAUCUGUUUUCAUAAAUUUUCAUUUCCUUUCAUGUCUUAGGUGUUUUAUGAUUACAUCCAUCAUGUUAGAGAUGAUGGGGAGAUGCUUAUCUUAUCUACCCCUGGGACCAUUUUGACCAAUCUUUUCCACCCCUGUUUAUCAUGCUCUCAGUCCUUGAGAAAAGGAUAUUAGUCUAGUCUGUCCACCACUGUUAUUGGAGAACUCCACUUUCUUUUUAGAAAGGAACAAGAAAAAUCUUACUCUAAAUAGUAGUCUUCAUUUUACUCUCUUGAAAGCGUUAAUGGUGUUGGGAUAUUAAAAGGCAUAAGUGCAGAACUAGAGUUUUUCACUUGAUGAAACAGUGAAGUUUAUCUUUCUUGUUUAAAUGAGUUUGAUUUGAUUACUUGCUCCCUUAACAGGCUUUUCUUUGUUGUCAUGUUUGAUAUAUACUAUGGCCAUGAAGAUUGUUCUUUCUUGGUUUUGUAAUGAUUCUGAUGAACUAAUAGUCUUUUGUCUCUUUUGUUUUCUAGGUUGUUUCUUCUUGGUUUGGAUAAGUAUGGGAAGGGUGAUUUCUCGUAACUUUGUGGUAACAAGAACACCAACCCAAGUCGCAAGCCACGCUCAGAAGUACUUCAUUCGUCUAAACUCAAUGAACAAUCUUUACAUCUUGUUGGAUUAUUUGUUUUGUUGGAUAACUUGUCUGAGGAACCUAUAAGGCUAGAUAUUAAAUAUAAUUAGCAGUUUUGGUAAGACAAGUUAACACCGGUCUUAGAUCGUUGCUAAUAACAUUUACGAGCAAAAGCGAAAUCUAUUCAUCGGAAUGUUUAUCGAAUGGUAGGUACAUAAAGACUUGAGCAGCUUAAUCAUGGAAGAACCUCAGAUAAGCUUAGCUAUACGGCCCAUUCCAGAUGGCAAAAGGGCAUCCUUUGUUGCAAUGUCACUUCUUCUUUUUGAUGUCACUUGUCUUUCGUUAAUCAGCAUAUACCUUGGAAAGGUGAGCAAGUACAGCUCUUUAUUCUAAAAGAUAAGAGCAAGAUUCAUCAUUUGUGUUUAUGCGGAUGGCCCACUCAUAUAUAUAUAUAUGUAUAUUAUUAUAUACUAUAUACUAAAUAGCUUAUGGGAAUGCAUAUGCGAUGCUUCAGCCACUUCCAAUGCCAAUUGAGAAGGAGAAUAUAUAUUGCUGCAAAAGUGACUUGAGAAGGAGAAUAUAUUGCUGCAAAAGCUUAUGGGAAUGCAUAUACUAACUCUUAUAUUCUUUCCAUUCUUUCUUAAGCAAUAUAGACAUGCAGUUUAAAAGCCUCAACUUCCAUAUUCCCUUCACGCUAAUUUGUGACUUUUACUUUUUCACGUCAAUAUUUUUUUGUAGAGUCAUUAUAAGUUUAAAAGUGUUGGCAGUCAAAGUCCUAAACAAUCUUCACCUUCCCGCCGUCAGAAGUUUUUGGCGAUAAUCCCGAGCUAGCUAGGGUUUGGUUUCUGAGCUAUUUUUAUAAGUGUUAGGGACGUUGGAACUUUAUAUCAAAGCUUAAAGCGUGGUUUUGUUUGGUUGGUGAUUUCGUUUUGGUUAUGGUUUUGUGAGCGAGCAGGUCAGAAGACAUGGAAGAGAAGAAGAAUGCAGACGAUAGAAUCAUCAACGACAAUAUAUUGAUACCUCCUGCUGCCCCAGUACUAGGCCUUGGGCGUGGUGCUCCUCUUUUGAAACCCACUCCACGACGCCGUGUCAAUGGCAACGUGUCUCAGCACCCUACCACUACCACUGCAGAGAUCGAUGAGACCAGGGUCAAGUUUCUGAGGCUUUCACACAGAUUAGGGCAAACUCCACGUAACAACGUUGUUGUUGCUCAGUUUUUGUCUAGGGGAAGCAGCCGUGUUGGUGGUGCCGCCAUUUCCAUGGCGGAACAGCUUGAGGGACAGAAUCAUCCGCUUGAUUUUUCUUGUACGAUUAUGUUGCUCGGCAAAAGCGGUGUUGGCAAGAGUGCUACGAUUAAUUCUAUUUUCGAUGAUGAUCAUGCAGUGAAGAAGAUGUGUACCACCGAUGCAUUCCAGAUGGGGACGAAGAGGGUUCAGCUUGUUGAGGGUUUUGUUCAGGGAAUCAAAGUCCGGGCCAUCGACACUCCAGGCCUCUCACCAUCAUGGUUUGAACAACACAAGAACGUGAAAACCCUCAAGUCUAUUAGGGCUUUCAUCAAAAAAAGUCCACCGGAUGUUGUAUUAUAUCUCGAUAGGUUGGAUACGCAAACGCAAAGCAGCAUAGAUGAGGAGAUGCUUCUUUUGCGCACCAUCACCCAGUUUCUUGGACCGUCGAUAUGGUUUAACGCCAUCGUGGGUUUGACUCACGCCGCUUCCGCUCCACCAGAUGGCGCUGCCUCUAGCUACGGCAUGUUUGUAACACAACGUUGUCUUGCCAUUCAGCAGGACAUUCGCCGAGCAGCUCGAGAUUUGCGGCUCGUGAGCCCUGUGUCUUUAGUUGAGAACCACCCUGCUUGCAGGACCAACCGGGCGGGUCAGAGAGUGUUACCGAAUGGUCAAGCGUGGAAGCCUCAUUUGCUGUUACUCUCGUUUGCAUCCAAGAUUCUAGCACAAGAAAAUGCAUAUGAUCGUAAUUAUAAUAGUCGACCAUUAGUUGUGGAAUCCACGGCUCAACCACUGUCACUUUUUCUCUCAUCUCUUCUGGAAUCACAUCAGCUUCCUCCUCCUUUUCUCUCAUCUCUUCUGGAAUCACAUGAGCUUCCUCCUCGUUGUAAGCGAUUGACUGAAGCUGAAAUUUCUAGGCUUAGUAAAUCUCAGAAGGAGCAGUAUCCUGUUGAGUUCCAGGCGGAACUAGAGAUGGAAGAGGAACGUCGACCUCAUAUUGAUCUCUCCAACCCGUCGCUACUUGUUACUCCAGUCCUGGUUGUUCCGAGGUGGGAUCAUGAUAUUGGCUAUGACGGUCUAAGUGCUAAAGGGACUUUGGUUAAAGAAAAGAUACAUAUGUCUUACUCGGGCAAAGUGACAAAGAACAACCUCAUGAAAAUGAAAGGUGCAGACGUGCAGCUGGAAAUGGCCAGCUUGGUUGUACAUGGAGAGGAGGGUAAUAGAUCAACCUCCCUAGGUUUCGAGAUGCAAAAAAAGACUUGGGAUGAAUUGUCUUGCGCUCUUCGAAGUGAUUCCAAUUUUAUGAAACACAAAGCUGCGGCUGGUCUAGCUAUAACGCUCUUGGGUGAUUCGGUGUCUGCCGGGGUGAAAGCAGAACGUAAGUUGGUUGCUAAUAAAAGGUUCGGAAUAGAUGUGUGUGGUGGUGGGGCAAUGACUUGUCGAGGUGAUGCGGCUUAUGGGGGUAGUUUAGAAGCUCACUUGCUUGGUAGUUUUUUUUUAUCUACUCUGGGACUUUCUGUGGUGGAUGGGCAUCGGGGUCUUGCUAUCGGAGGGAAUAUUCAGACCCAAGUGCACAUAGGACGUUCAUCUGAUCUAACUGCUCGUGCUAAUCUGGACAGCAGUGGGGCAGGGCAAGUAAGCAUCCGGGCAAACAUCUUUGAACUGCUCGAACAUGCUAUGGCCGUACUUGUUCCUCUAUUUAAGAAGCUACUUAGUUAUUAUUCCCCUAAUUAGCACCUAGUUGUUUUUGUUCAUGUCUUAUCUCUGGAUUUUGCAUUAAGCCUUGAUAAAAAUUUAUGUUGCAGUUUACUUAUUGACGUUAAAGACACCCAUCACCGUUGUUGGAAGAUAUUGAUAUCACUAUUUACUGUUUAUCAAUAUCUCAAUUUUUUGAUAACAAGAUUAUUACUGUUUACUGUUUAUCACACACACAGUAAGACACAACUAUUCAAUCUAAAGUCACUACUCUCACACACACCUUUUAGUACAACAUUUCAACUUAAUAACUAAAUAACAUACAACCAAAAGCUCAGUUACAAACUAACAACCCUCUGGGUAAGCCAUAUAAAUACAAAGCGGUGUCUCUUAACUUACUCCUUUUUUUUUUUGCACUCUUCCGCACUUUUCCGUGUUCCGUUUAUAUAAAUAUAUAAUUAGUGACUGAUUGUUAAGGAUUUUGCUGUAUGUAGUUGAUAAUAUCCAUUGGGUUUGUCAAUGAUGGUCUUAUUUAGUCACCACUGUUAAGCUGAUGAAUUCUCUCAAAAGAUACGUUGAGUGUUAUAAAAUCCAUAUGAAUUUAGCCACCAGAGUGGCAUAAUACAUAUUCUUCUUGAGCCACAUAAAAUGGAUCUCACUCAUUCACCGAAGCCAGAAGUGUGACAAAGUUAUCAGACCACCAGAAAAUGUAGUCUUGUGUAGCACAAACUUAUAUACCAUGCAAGCAAAUCAAAGAUAUCUCCGGAUGCAUAUAAUGCUGGCAUAUCAUCAACAAAGAACUUGAAGGUAGUUGAGUUUCUACGAUUUAACCACAAAAUUUAACAAGUUUAAGAACUAGCGAAUAUCUAAGUGCCAAAUGAAUGUGAAUAUUAUUGUGAUGGAUUCGAGAUAUCAAGUGAAAGUGGAUAAAAGUGAUUGCCUUUUGCCAAAUGUCACUGCACUUUUUCCAUAGACAAUUUCUCAGAGCCAUGUAAAGUGGAGAAUCCGCACAAAACUUACAAUUACAAAGCUUUAUAUGGUCCCUGGACUCUUUUUCUCAAGAAAACAAGCACUUAUCCUUAAAUCUCAAAGAAAAUAAAGUAUUAGCAACCAUAUAAAUUGAUAAAUGAUAAAAACACAUAACCGAUAUAAUUAAUGUCAUCUCUCUAUCUCUGAAAUUGAGUCAGAAUUUUUUUUAAAAAAAAAUGCAAAUUACAUGCAAGGCCUCCUACACAUGUGAGAGAAGUUUCAAAACCACAGUAGACAAAAAUAUAUAAUAAGCAAACCACUUCUUUCUUGAACCGCAGGUGAAAAAAGGCUAAAACAUGAACGUAAAUAUUCUAAAGAUAUGGACUUGUAUGAAUUAAAUUUCUCUAGCCUUUUUCUUUUAAUGCUCUAGUGAGGCUUGCUGUGCACAAGUAUAUAAAAACCCUACAUGAUUGCAGGAACGAUAUUUUUGUAUUCUUGCUGAGCACCAGAGCUGGAGGACUUGGUAUCAACUUGACGGUUGCUGACACAAGUCAUUUUAUAUGAAAGAGAUUGGAAUCUCACCUUGGAUUUACAAGCAAUGGACAGAGCUCAUCGUCUAGGUCAAACAAAAGAUGUAAGUGAUUCUCUGUCGUCUCUUCUUCCAAUCUCUAAUUCCUUUGUUGUUUCAUUUUUAUAACCAAAACUUUCAUGGUAGUGAACAAGCAUCUGCCAGUGGCAAUGUGAUUAUCAUCCUGCACAGCGCAAGUCAGAAAAACAUAUAUAGUUCAAUCACAAUCAUGCAACGUCAGUACAGCCGCUACAGAUCCAAGGACGAUCUCAGCGCGUACUUCGCACGUCCCAAUCACAUUCGCGUCGUCGAGGAAACCAUGCAGAUAUGGGAAGACAUCAUGGCCGUUGAGACUGGAUCGCCGAUCAAGUAUCCGGAGUCUUGAAACCUCCUGUAGGAUCAGUUGCGAGAGUCACGUUACGUACUGAAGGUGAAAGAGAACGUCACGGACAGGUGAAGGAGAUUAUGGAAGUGGUUUAAGAAGAAGUAUCUUGCUCCAGUGAUUGAUGAGAUCCGUUUGGGAGAAAACUUCUCUCCGGUGAGAGCAAAGGGUUUCUCGAUUGCAUCGGUUGCGUAUUUUAAAGAUCUUGGAAACGUUGAGGUGCCAAUAUUUAGUGUCCAAUAUAGGGUUUGGUCGAUUGAUGCCAACUUUUUAAAUAGUAA